AUGGACCGCAACUUGGAAGUCCGACAUAUGACCAAUUUGGAUAACGUGGUGCACAUUUUGGAUACCAGUGAAGGAUGGCGCUCGUUUCUCUACCAGAUCCCGAAAGACUUGAACGAUCUUUCCAAAAACGAGUACAUGCUGAAGUACGAUGGCUCGAUCGAACGCUUUCUCGAAACGGAAAGUGCAAAGGAGAAAACGUCCCCGUCGAGAUUGUUGCUGGAAGAGUGGAGCAUAUCGGGAAAGGCGCGGCCCACUGUUGACCAUUUGCUGGUAUUACUUGUGCGUGCGAAGCAAAUCCGGGCGGCGGAGUAUCUGACAACCUUGCUGCGGGAAAAACCUCCAGGCCGGCCUACCGAUGGGCCAGGGGCUCCGAUAGACGUGAGACUGCCAGAGGACCACCACACGGAGUCCUUGUUAAACGGUAUCAGCUACCCAAGCUCUACCAUGCUACAGCAAAAUGUGAGUUCAGUAACGAUCGAUAACAAUCGAGACUAUUACGACAAGCUCGGGCCGACGAAGCGGGUCGAGAUUGAGAAUAGCUUAUCACCCAUCGCGGACGGCGAGUUACACGUCUUUUCAACGAUCAAAAACAACGCACGUCCCGAGAGGAUCGACGGAAAAUUACCACGCGUGGUGGAAGAAAAGUCGGCUUCGUCGAGUGGUUUACCACUGAUUUCUGCGCUCGGUUUUCAAGGGGACGAAAAGGCACCAGAGGAAGCCUUUGAGUCGUCUAAGCAUCAAAACGACCGAAAUUAUCAGCCAGCAGAAAACCACGAUGAGCGGGAAGCCCCAAACUUAUCUAUUCUUGGAAGUGCUUAUUGGUUAUAG